AUGGCCACUUUGCUCGACGUUCUCAACAGCGACGACGGCUUGCUCAAUGUUGGGCGCACGGCGCUUUCUAUGGCCCCUAAUACUUCUAAAUCUCUCUUGUCGUUGAAAACCUUACAGGAUGGCAAAGUUGCGUCCAAGUUCACAUUUACAACUCUCCUGAAGGACGCUGCACCGAGGGACCCUAGUACGCUGGAUUCACAGGAUGAAUCCCAGCAUUAUACACUCUUCCCUCUUGCGUUGGGUCAGAUCCUACGUCAAUACGCUGUGACUGAAAUGCAUUUGGCCUUAAACGCUGGGAAUUGGAAUUACGAUCGGUGGGGAUAUCCGGAAGAACAGGGUGUGGGUACAGGUGCUGAAUUAUGGGCGUGGAUGGGCGAUGGAGCUGCCAUAACGGUAGAUGAACGAUGGAAAGGGCUUCGGAAUGCGCUUGCAGGUCUUUUUUGCGCUUCUCUCGGAUCCCUGGAUGAAUUGCGAACUACAUCCCCCGCUCAAACUUUCAUUCCUGAGGGCACGCUACCGGAUUGGGGCGUUCCUCAUACAGUUCGACACGCGUCAUUACCUUCGGAACAUGUCUGCACCGAAAACUUGACGCCUUUUCUCAAACUCCUUCCUUGCAAAUCUUUGUCUGGGAUCGCUAGUCUCUUGAACCCACACCGCCUGUUCGAUGCCGACUGGCACGGGAUGGGGGUGCAUGUUCUAUGGCGCGAGGGAGAAGGAGUUGAGAUGAGAUUGACCUUCCAAUCCGUGUCUGAUCCUCUGCGCCAUGAUGCAGCGAAGAAGCAAGAUUGGUCCCUUCAAUCGCUCUUUGACCGCACCAUUCACCGGUCAUGCCCUGUCGCACACUCCAGUGAAAUCGUUGUGGCUCUGCCGAAGAACGCCUUCUAUUCAAUCAAACCUGAACCUCCCGUCAUUGACAGAAGUUCGGCACAUUUCGAUGUUAAUAUUCAUCAAAAGCCAUUGGACGUCAUAUUAACAUGGCCAGAGCCCUUUAGCUAUCCUUUGGAUUAUCAAUCUGAAUCCACAAAUUUUUCUGUCAAACGAACUUUGAGAGGGCCGAGUCAGGCUCACGGUCAGCUUUCUCUCGUGAUAACGAAUCAUCGGCCGUAUACUAUUCAUACAUUGUAUCUGGAAACCAUGCCCUGGCUACUCCAAUUUUAUUUGCAUACCCUUGAGGCGCGUGUGGACGGUGUUUUGCGAGCGGAUAUCAUCUCCAACCUUACCUAUAUCCCUUCGGUACCACACUCUCGGCCGACGACCUUCCAAGCUCUCUUGAGCCUCCCACCGAGUAGCACCGUCGAGAUUACUAUGGACGUUACGAAAGCUUUCUUGCGCUAUACUGAGCACCCGCCGGAUGCCCAGAGAGGCUGGGAUCUCCCUCCUGCUAUAUUUACGCCCGUGGAAUUCGCGAAAAAUGGUACCUCUUUUUCUGUCAAAGAAGGCCGUCUGUAUACCUCAACCCUUCUUGUCGACCUGGCCACACCAGACUUCAGCAUGCCUUACAAUGUGAUCAUCUUCACUUGUUCCGUCAUUGCAUACAUAUUUGGCAGUAUCUUCAAUUUGUUAACUCGGCGGUUUGUAAUAGUGCACAUAGAACCCACCAAAUCCUGA